AAGUUGAAUAUGGCUGCGACAGAGAAUGGAUGGGCGCGAUCCGAGCAUACAUACAUGAGGGCAAAAUCCCGGCAGAGAAAUGGGCAGCUCGCAAACUCAGAGCUCAAGCAGCACGCUACGUUGUGUUAGACGGGGAACUUACUCAAAUGGCGAUUCUCAUGGCCUUCGCUCAAUUGCGUUGA